AUGGUGACGACUGAAAUUCAACAGUUAGAAGUAACGCUUAUGACAAAAGCAGACACUUAUAAGGAUGCAAUAACUAAGAAUUUGACUUUAAAUACAACAACAAUAAAAGCUGGUAGUAAAACUAAAACUCAGUCGCAGAUGAAAGCGAAGCCCGUCGUACAAAAACCAAGUACCUCGCUCGCAGAUUCAGUACCUGAUGCAGAUAGAACUAUGCAGAAGUCUCUUUCUAUAUCUACUCAUGCAGCUAGCGAUCCUGACUCGAUAACCUUGAUAAAGGCAAAUAGGUAG